UCUAUUCACACACAGUGAGUGCAACAGACACGCACACAAACACACACACUCUGGCCUGCUCGCCUUCCAAGGCCGCACAUUCCCUAAAUGAGGAACGUCGUGAACCACGAGGGCAGAUUUUUGUCCUUCCUUGAAAUUUCACACCCUCGAUGACUACUUUGGCUGAAGCGAAGACGUCAUGGCAAAAGUGGAUGGACUCUAUGUCGGAAUAUUAACAGCGCUGGCCUUGUGUGAAUUGUCCUUGGCCAACUGGAACACCACCAGCGAGGCUGUCAAUCAAACGGAGGCCCCUUGCCGUCACCGUGGCAAUGGAGACAACUGCACAGUGUUGGUGUGUGUGUGUGUGUGUGCUUGUGCCAUACCCGCAGCGCUGGCCUUGUGUGAAUUGUCCUUGGCCAACUGGAACACCACCAGCGAGGCUGUCAAUCAAACGGAGGCCCCUUGCCGUCACCGUGGCAAUGGAGACAACUGCACAGUGCCUACCACGGACACGGGACAGUGGAAUGGACACUUUAGCAAGUGUCCACAAGAACUCAACCACUACUGCAUCCACGGGGAGUGUCGCUUUGUUAAAGACCAAAAGGCGCCAUCCUGCAGGUGUCAGCGUGGCUACGUCGGCUCUAGAUGCGAAUAUGUGGACCUGGACUGGCGGAGAGGAGAGAGGAAGCAGAUGAUCAUCGUUUGCGUCAUCGUGGCACUUAUUGUCCUCAUUCUUCUCCUUGUGUUCGUCUUUGUCUGUUCACAUCGCAGGUUAAGAUGUUGCCGGAAAAGGGGACGGCGGCGGGAGGAACCGAGGAACGGGACUGAGAAACUCAAGAUGAUGGACACCAAUGCGCAUCCCUUAACGCCAGUCUCAGGGGAGCCUCUAACCAACAAUGACGUUUGACGGGAGUGUUUGCGCUUCUCUACCUGUCUGGGAAACAACAGUUCAGAUGUUGUCCUGUCGGAUGCACAGGCGUGCUGAAGUCCAUCCCUCUGGGCUGGUCCGAACUGAGUCCUUCCUAACGGUGAGAAAUCUCUGGACAUGAUGGAGGACAUUCAAAUGGGAAGUCUACAAAGUCUGGGACCUUGAGAGAGAGAGAGACCCAAGAAGAUACCUAGUUGGAUUAAAGGUAAACACAAGACUGAGAUUAUCUCUCACGGGAAUAUGCUGGAUUUAUUGAGAGAGCUACCGGCGGUUGCGGCCUGUUGACAGCCGCCAACGCUGGAUCACUGC